GGUAAUGGGACGAAUCGACUAAGGGACGGAUUGAUUAUGGGACGUCUAGAAAGUAGUAAUAUAUAAUAAUGUUAAUAUCCCUACGCCGUAAAGAAAGUAAGAUAUGCCCUUAUUAUACACCAAUUAAGAAUAAGUUUAAACGAUUUUGACAUAUUGACUUCCAAUGACUUUUAUUUAUUUACUUUUAUCCAUUGUUAAGUUAUUUCAAUGUAAGAUAUACUGACCUAUUUUUUUAUGGCGGAAAACCGGUCUACCUCUAACGCGCAUUUUCCGCCAUUACUAUCACAAAGAAGUUCUAAGGAGAUUGUACAGCACGAAAAGAUGGCAGCGAUUGAUUAUGAGUAUAUCAAUAAAUUGAAAGAAGAACUAGGGGAAGUGGACAUGAAGUUGAUGAAUACACACCGUAUAGUCGCAGAAGAAAUAAAGAGAGCAGAAGGUGGAACAAAGAAAUUGAUACCCACAGUUGAAGCCCACCACAAUCGUCCUCAGGGCGUGGCAGUUAAAGUGAAAAUUCCACAGAAUGACUAUCCUAAAUUCAAUUUUGUGGGAAAGUUAUUAGGACCAAAAGGAAUGUCCUUAAAGAGGUUACAAGAAGAAACAGGGACAAAGAUGUCGAUUCUUGGCAAAGGCUCAAUGAGGGAUAAAGCGAAGGAAGACGAACUAAAAAAUGAAGGUGGAAAAUAUGCUCAUUUACAUGAAGAAUUGCAUGUUUUGGUUGAAGUGUACAGUGCGAUUCCCGAUGCCUAUGGCAGACUCUCUCAUGCCUUGGUAGAACUUACCAAAUUUUUAUCACCGGAAUACAAUGAUGAAAUUCACCAACAACAGAUGGAGGAGAUGAUGUAUCUGAAUGGAGAGAAACCAGGAGCAGGAGGUGUUGCAAGAGGAAGGGGGAGAGGUGGUCCUCCAGGGGGAGGUGGAAGAGGAGGACUGCUGACAUCGCCAGCUGGAAGAGGAGUACCCCCACCAAGAGGAGCACCAGCAAGAGGUGCUCCACGGGGUGUCCCAGCACCCCGAGGAGUUCCAGCAGGCAGAGGUCGCCCAGCACCUCCACCACCACCUCGGGUAGAAACUUAUGAGGAUUACAGCAGCCAGGCUUAUGAAGAUCCAUAUGCAGAUCCAUAUGCUCGAGAUCCAUAUGCAGAAACGAGUUAUGCUUCAGGAGAUACACAAUAUUUUGACUAUGGUCAUGGUACAAGUGCACAGGGAUAUGAUGACAGCUAUGGCGAAGAUAGCGGAUGGUCUACAGGAGGAAGUUCUUUUGGAAAAGUCCCACCGGCACCCAGAGGUGGUCGGGGGCGUCCCCAUCCCUAUGGGAGCUCACGUGGAGGCUAUUGAUAGUUCAUGGAUCCCCUGCAGAUGCCAAGUCUAUUAUUCACUCAUUUCACUCAUCAAAUUUACAUACUAAGGUACUUAGUUACCUUAUUGAAUAGUGAUACACUAUAUGAAGUCUAACUGAAUGAUCUGAUCCAGAUGGAAAUGCUGAAGAUUCAGAUUUUUUAACUGAGCUACAAAAAAUAUUUUUAAAAAAAAAAAACAAUUGUGUCAGUUUUAAAUGGCUGUAAAACUCCAAUAAGUAUGUUGAUGUCAAAGGAAUACACAUUAAAACUGUUGUAAACCUGUGGUACCUGUAUAAAAACUUAAAUAAAAAGUAUUGUGUUCACUGUCAGAGAUUGUUAGUGUAGUAAAGAAAAAUAAAAAAAAAAUGCAUCAGAUAAAUGUUUUUAUCUCUAAAAGAAAAAAAAUCCAAUGUCUCAGCAAAAAAUUGAAAAUAUAGCUGCAAAGCCACAGAAACUAGUAUUUGCAAAUGAAAAACUAAAGGUAGGCAAUAAUCUGUUUAUGAGAUGAAUUAAACUAAAAUUGGGAUGUGCAAUCUUGUGGAAGUCUUAACAUUAUAACAGUAAGUGAUUGAGGUGUAUGGAUAGAUAAACUAAAUCCCAUACAUAGUGACAUCUGAGGCAUUGGAUUUGCUUGGUUAUGAUUCUGUGUAUUAACAGUCCAAACUUAAUUUUACAGAUAGACAGAGCAGACUAAGUUUUAAUUAUUGAACAGAAAACUUGGUUAAAGCAAUGGAGUUGGCAAAAUAUUCCACUUGAAAACAUAAUCAGUACUCGAUUAUUUUUAUGUAUAACUGGAAUUCAAACAAUUAAAGCAACACAGAACCCCCAUCUCAGAUCUAUAAUUGUGUUUCUAUUAUUGUAUUCAUAAAAUAAAGAGAUGUACCACAGCUCUUAAUCUGUGGUGGGGGAAACUAAGAGAAAUUCUGUGGUAAAUGGUGUGAUAUAUUCCAAAUAAAGAGAAAAAUGCUUGUGUCACUGUGAUAUCUAACUCCUAUCAAAAAGAAAGUGAAGAAGAGACGAAAAAUUACAGCCCAUUUUACUAGAGACUGGUAAGACGCCCACACACAGGUAAAUCCUCUGUACUGAUUAAAAACAUAGUCCUAAAUAAACAUCAUGCUCUUUGAACAAAUUCAUAUACUAUUAAUUUGUAAACGUAGUUAAAGUGUGCUACCUUAAAAACAAGAUUAUUUAAAAUAUAAAGUCAUGAAUGAUUUGACAUUGGAUACUAUAUGUGUCACAACAAAUGUUCUAAUGGUUAGAAUUGAGAAUGCCCUUUGACAAAAAAAAUAUAAUUUUUUUUUUAUAUGACUUGUUGCAGGGUACAAUAUAAAGUAGCAAUUUUAUAUGGUAAUAUUCAUUUGCUACAUCUUGCAUGAAAAUGGAUUUUAACAUUGUUUUCCUGUUUUACAGGUUGCCUGGAAGAUCUCGAUACCACCAUGGUGUUCAAAGAAUUUUUAUACAAUAUCUUAUGAAGAAAAUUUUUUUAAAAUGAAAUAAAUUUUAAUAUUUGCA